CGCGAAUUCGGAGCCGGGCCGGGGCGCGGUUUGAAGCGGUAUAUUUAACUGGAAAUAAAAGUGGCCAACAAAGACUUGUUAACAUUACAAUAUAGAUGGUACGCAGUGGCACUGGAUGGUUUCAAGAGAAAAAUGUCUCAACUCACACCAAAAAAGAAGAAAUCUAGUUCUUUUACAGAUGAUGGUACAGAUGUCUAUUGAUGAACAACAAGAUGAUUCCCGGGAAUUGAUUUCCAAUGGAAAGGACAGUGCGCGUAAUUCUGGUGUAUCUCCAAAGACUUUUUACAAGAAUGAAAAGCGGCUGUAUCUCAUUCCCCUUGAAAGAAAAUUGAUCAGUCAGAAUAGUCUUUCCAAGUCUGUCGCUACAACUCAACAAUCUGAAAUAAAAAGUAAAAAAUCUCAAGCAAGGAAACACUUGAAAAUAAAACAAAGCAUGUCUAAGGUUCCAAUUUCUAAAAUUCCAUUUGAUUUGAAGAAAUCUCAGACGAAUAAAAACAAAGAUGAUUCUGAUGCCACUUCAGAACAAACCCAUCUGAAGGAAAGUGUGUUUUAUGGAUCUAAGACCAGAACACUGACUUUUAAUUCAAAAAUAAAUGGUUUGAAGGUACAACAAAAAGCUAAAAUACAGAAAGGAGCGGCUUUCUUUUCUACCGGCAGAAAAACUCAGUGUUUGUUCAAAAAGAAUCUUCCAGACUCUGACAACAAAUCAAUUUCAUCUGAUUGCAGAAUCCAACAAAGUAAAAGCAACGCCCGAGUGUCCGACCAGAAAGGUCCUCCUCUGGGCAAUUACAGCAAUAAAUUGAAUGAUGAGGUUAAUAGCAACACUGCUAAAAUGAAAACUGAACCAAAUCAGCAAAGAGAAGUUGAAACAUCUGCACAGCUACCUGCCAGUUUACUCAGAGCUUUGCCUACUACAGAGUUGAGUGUGGUACUUCAGAAAAUAGAAUUGAAACAAUCCAGUUGCCCAGUUGUGGUAACCAUGGAAAAAUCACUGCAACAGAAUGAUUCGACAACAAAAAGUGAAAAUUCUGGUGUUUUGGAGCAGAAGGACGAGCCAACAGCCCCGAAUGGAAAUAUUGAAAAAAGUGAAGGCUUAUUGUCAAGUGCAGCUGUCUACCCCAUUUUCAGUACUCGUCCUGGCAGUAAAAGGUGUGAACUGCAAAAAGAAGAAAAUAUAACCGUUGGGUCCAGUAAUUUUCUUGCUCUUCCCAAGAUGCCUUAUCAUGCACUUAUACUGAAAAAUAAGAAGAAAGACUAUGAUAAAGUACAUAGUGAUCAGCUAAUAAUAGAUGCAGGUCAGAAACACUUUGGACCUAUCAUCUGCAAGUCCUGUGGGAUGAUUUAUACAGCUGCUAACCCUGAGGAUGAAUUGCAGCAUUUACAACAUCAUCAAAGGUUCCUGGAAAGGCUUCGCUUUGUGGGAUGGAAAAAAGAGCGUGUUGUGGCAGAGUAUCUAGAUGGAAAGAUUAUAAUGAUUCUCCCAGAUGAUCCUAAAUAUUCUCUCAAAAAGGUGGAAGAAGUGAGAGAGUUGGUAGAUCAUGAAUUGGGGUUUCAACAGGCCACAAUAAGCUCCCCAGGUCAAAGCAAAACCUACAUGUUUAUCUCUAAUGAAAAGAAGAUUGUUGGCUGCCUUAUUGCGGAAGAUAUAAAGCAGGCCUUCAGGGUGCUUUCUGAGCCUGCAGAUCAGAAGAUAACUGAGAACCAAGUGGUAUUUGAAUAUCGUCGUGCCUGGCAAUGCGCUACAAAGCCCGAAAAAGCUGUUUGUGGUGUGAGCAGAAUCUGGGUAUUUUGCAUGAUGAGAAGAAAGAAAAUUGCCAGCAGAAUGUUAGAUGCUGUUCGAAACACUUUCAUAUACGGAACAUACCUGAGUAAGGAUGAAAUUGCCUUCUCUGACCCAACACCAUCUGGCAAGCUCUUUGCAACCAAAUAUAGUCAAACUCCAAACUUUCUUGUUUAUAACUUAUUAGCAUGAAUAAUUGUUUAUU